GACUACAUAUCAGAUAUACACAGAGAGCUUCCUUUCACAAAAAACAAACACUCCUCCAACUGAAGAUGGAACAACUGGAUCGCACUGCGCCCCCGUGCCCAUGACCAAUUAGGAGCGACCAAUUCUUGUCUUUGAGGAUCCCGACACGCGCUUGCCAGUCAUUUUUCUCACGCUUUCAAGAGACACAUUUAGGUUUGCUUGGUUGUAUCAAUAUUUUAAGUGUAACACGUCGUUUCUGUGGAUUAUAUUAAGGUGGCUGGAUCUUGAGGACGGAGUGCGUCAAGUGAGCGCACGUAUCCAACAAGUGGAUGCAUGAAUUUACUCUCUGCGGAGAAACGCUGGGACUAAAACCACAAUCAAUCAUUGGAUUGAUAACCUACAAAUCUGUGUAUCGACUGGUCGGUUUACAACAGACUAAUAACCCGCACUAAUUAGCUCAGAUGUGGAGCUGGUCUUGAUUGAAGGUGAUGUAUAUGUGUGCGCAUUGUCUCAGUCUGAGGUAGUUUUUUUAUCCAUUGACUUUGUGUAUUAUCAAGGAAAUUGUUUUUCAAACAAAAUGCAAUGUAAGACACCCCCUACAUUUUCCCUGCUCUUCCGUCAUUGACCAAAAGCAAGAUUUCGGCAGACACGCUGCGGAAUCCACCGUCUCUCACCUCGCCCCUCUUCCCCAUAUCCAUGGACUCGCUUCUCUGUUCCCUCGGUGACCGCGGGAGGAAGUUGGGACCCUCUCUGUAGACAUUUCUGUAUGACGAGGGCGCAGGUGGCAGCCAAAGGUCGCAGUCAUGCCGAUGCAUCCAGUCACCUCCACGUUGAUGUACCGGGGGGUCUGCACCAUCCCUGACAUCCUCUCCUACAGGACCCCGGUGAACCUGCCCGAAGACGAAGUUGAAGAAAUACGUGAGGCCUUCAAAGUAUUUGACCGUGAUGGGAAUGGAUUCAUCUCAAAGCAGGAGCUGGGAAUGGCCAUGCGCUCCCUUGGCUACAUGCCAAAUGAGGUGGAGCUGGAGGUCAUCAUCCAGAGACUGGACAUGGACGGUGAUGGCCAGGUGGACUUUGAAGAGUUUGUCACUCUUCUGGGCCCAAAGCUGACGGCAGCGGGGUUGCCAGAUAAGUUCCACGGCACUGACUUUGACUCUGUUUUUUGGAAGUGUGACAUGCAGAAGUUAACGGUCGAAGAGCUGAAAAGGCUUCUGUAUGACACCUUCUGUGAUCACCUUUCCAUGAAAGACAUCGAGACCAUCAUCAUGACUGAGGAGAACCACAUAGAGAACCCUGGGGAGUGCCAGGUGGAUAUAGACACUUCCAGCCCGACGCAGCAAGUCAAGCAAACUUGUGUGCGCAAGAGCCUCAUCUGCGCCUUUGCCAUAGCUUUCAUCAUCAGCGUCAUGCUCAUCGCAGCCAAUCAGGUGCUGCGGAGUGGCAUGAAAUAGGAACUGUGGCAUUUUCAGCCUUGAACACCACCUAAAGGCUGCCUUACAGAUACAGAUAAAGCUAAAAAAACAAAAAACAAAUAACAGACAAUCGCACAGCUGUAAAACAGGCCAACAUAUGACCGUAGAGUAACUGGAGUUACCAAGGACACUACAUGUGCAGGAAUUGCUGACAUGCUGACAACUUACAGAGCUUCAAGGACAACAGGACCUCACAUGUGUUUAAAGUGGACAGCUGACUAUACAUAUCACUCUUCGUAAAACAACAUUUAGUAUUCAUUAGCUGUGUGCACUCGAGCAGUGUUUUCAGUAUGGUGGCAGCUAUAGAGAGAAGUGUAGUGUCCAGUUUUGUAUUUGUCCAGUGUACCAUGUGGUUUAUUAUAAACGAGUAGAAAGAAAUCUGUGAAAUAUUGUAAUGACAUUGGAGAAAAUUAGAUAAGAAAGUGCAGUUAUGUGCAAGGUCUGGAGUGCAAAGUGUUGUGGAGCUGUUGUAUGUGUUGCAACAUAGUUCAGAAACCACUUGGGAAUAACAAUACCUUUGUAAGAAACAGAUAAAAUGGUUUGCAGGGAGGUGCAUGUCAUCGUGUGGACAGUUUUACUCAUUCACUGACUGCAGGGCUUCAGCGUGAGAAGGAUGGAGCGGGAUGAAGCAGGUGAAUGGCUCUCAGGAGGAAGGUGCAAUCUGAAUGCACAGGUAACUGGCUGGACAUGCAGUGAACACUCAGCUCUCUCUGUCUCCACAGCAGGGCCUUGUGGGCCUCAGAGAAUGACCAUCAUCUAUGCAUGAAAUGCAUGGAUUUAAACAGUUGUCUUGACACAUUUGUAAAAGUUCUUAUCAAUGUAUUAAUCAUUAUGACUGUGUAACAGAGCUGUUUUCAAUUACUUAUGACAACUGUGAGCAAUUAUGUGUGGUGGGGAUAUCAGCAAUUUCAGCAAAAGUAAAGCAUACAGCUGCAUGAAGAAGAAGGGCUGCUUUAGUACAUGCUCGUAAAAAAAUAUUUUCGGGAUUGCUAAACUAUGGACCCUUUGCCCCGUUUGGGCACCUGAUGAUCAUCAGUCACAGCAAACGACUCGUGCCACUCAACUAUUUAAAGAAUAUGCAUUGAAACUGAUCUGGUUGGGAGUGCUGACACAUACGCACAGGAAUGCAUUUUGUUCUUUUUUUUAAAUUUCUUUUCUGUUUGGAUGCGUUGCUAUGGAGCAAUAAAUGUGUGUACAAUAGACAUCUCACAAUGCUUUGAACAGAUGUGAAUCUUCAAAAGCGUUAGCACCAAUGGACCUACUAACUUUUGAGGUCAGAAAAUGUUCUAUAGCACUUUUCAAAUUAAGGUGUUGGCAAUACAUCAGAGACAUUGGCCCAGAUCAAACAGCGGACAACCCUCUUAUUCAGUGAGAUACAAAAACAGGUGAGUGGAAACCUGGGUGUCAGAAGCUGCCCAGGGCAUUGCAGUUUGACAAGGGCCAAAUGGUGUAAACUGUGGCAAUAAAACAUAAAUAUCUGUGAAGCACCACAUGAAUUUGAUUGGGUGUAGUUUAGAUUGUUGUGCAUGCACCUGGGUAAGGUCUGUCACUAUUGAUGUGUAUUGUACAUAGAAAACAAUUUCAACCAAAGCUUUAGAGGGGUCUGUGACAAGAGAACUGGGCCAAAUAAUGAGAGCAAGCUUCGUAAACAACUGAUUAAAUUAAUAUUUUACCAGUAAUUAUUUAGAAGAAACCAGAACCAGAAGUCAAAGAUUCAAUCUUACCUGAAAGGUAAGGUAAAAAGGCCCUUCAAAAUGGUCUCAAAAACAAGAUUAAAUAAAAAUUAUUCACAUGAAUAUCCCUUUUAAGGAUCGUUAUUGGCAGCUCCUCCAACUUGAAUCUCACACAAGAGCCAGAACCUCAUAGAGGCAACAAAAUCUUCGCCCAAAGCCAGAAAGCAUAACGACUAUCUGAUGCACCCAGGCAAUUUGUCAAAAGUGUCAACUCUGUGCAGAACACAGUAAAAAAAAGAUAAUUUUUUUUUAUUAACAAAUAUCUUUGUUUCCAUUUUGCACUUGAAAAUGUGCUGCAGCGCACAACAACAACUCACCGUCAUGAUUGUUCAUCCAUUUCCAAAUAUAGUUUAGGCAUAAAGAAUUACUUUACCAUAGAUAUAUCUAUUUUUGUGAUAAGAACGUGAUGGAAAAGAAUAUUAACUGACUGACAAAUUAUACAAAUUUUCAUUAGUUUUCUAUUAUAUCAUCACUGAGGGAACAUUUUCAUGGGGAAUAAAGUUAUAAUAAUUAGAUUUGUUGCCUUAUUCUUUGAGACACUUUGGCAUUGUGAAUACACAUAAAAACACCAAUCAUGAGUUUAUUAUUUAUCACUCGAGCAAAAAUGUACAAACCAAUAUUUAUUUUCUUUUUACAUGUGAAAAGAACUGUAUGAACAUGUUGAUAGUCUGAAUGUCCUAUUUCCAUUGUUCUGUACUUUGAUACUUGUCUUUG